AUGUUGGCUAAUAGGUCGAAGGAGUUCCUACCUAGUAUUAUAUCCCCAUUUCAAUCUGCUUUUGUUCCGGGUCGUCAAAUCCAAGAUAAUAUUCUUGUUGCUCAUGAGGCUUUCCAUUAUUUGAAGCUCAGAAAGAAUGAUGACAUUGAGGAGUUGGCCUUGAAGCUCGAUAUGAGCAAGGCUUAUGAUAGGUCGGUGUCAUUUUCUAUGACUCUUAAUGGGAAAGUUGGCAGUUAUUUCAAGCCCUCAAGAGGGCUAAGACAGGGUGAUCCAAUUUCUCCUUACCUAUUCCUUUUUAUAUCGAAAGUUAUCUCUUCUCUUAUUCAGCGAGCUUGUGAGUGCACUCCUAACAUUUCUGACGCAAAGGUGUUUGAGCUGUGUGAAAUCCUUGGAGUUCCUGCUACUAUGAACCCUGGUCGCUAUCUGGAACUUCCUACUAUUUGGGGUAGAUUAAAGAAAGCUUCCUUUUCUUUCAUCAAGGCGAGACUUACUGAUAAGAUUCAAAGCUGGAAAUUAUGUACCUUAUCUAUGGCGGGGCGUGAAACUUUUAUCAAUUCAGUAGCACAGGCUGUUCCAACCUUUCCUAUGCACUGCUUUAAUUGCCAAUCACCCUCUGCAGGGAAUUGGAUGCUUUAUUGGCAAAUUUUCUGGUGGGGGCAAAAGAAACAUGAGUCAAAAAUUCACUGGAGAAGCUGGCAAUUUUUGGGUCAGCCUAAGCACUGCGGUGGACUGGGGUUUAGGAACUUGAGCAAGUUUAAUAUCGCUCUUCUUGCCAAACAAGUACGGCGGAUUCAUUCAGACCCUACCUCGUUGUGUGCUCUAAUAAUAAAGGGUCUGUACUAUCCUAACUCAGAUAUUUUACAUGCUGGAAAGGAUUCUUGUGCUUCAUGGGCUUGGAGCAGCCUUUUGGAUGGCAAAGCUCUUAUUGUCGAUGGGGCAAGGUGGCAAGUUAGGAAUGGAGAGACUGUUGAUAUUUGGGUAGAUCGGUGGAUUACAGGGCCUGGUUCAGGUUUUCUAAGGCCUAUCCUUCUUGUUGAUCAUUCUAGACCUCAUAAAGUGAAAGACAUUAUUGAUUGGAGCUCUCAUAGCUGGUGUCUAAAUCUGAUUCAGGACUUAAUUUCUAUUGAGGAAUGUAAUCAGAUUGAGAAAAUUGUCAGUGGGGAUCACAAGGAAUGGGGAUUUCACGGUCAAAUCUGGUUAUCACUACAUUCACACCCUUAA